AUGCAAACUAGAAAUACCUUUUCUUCGAUAAAGGAAGAGAUUACUCGAUCUAUUUCCGUAUCACUCAUGAUAUAUAUAAUAACUUGGGCACCCGUUUCAAAUGCAUAUCCCAUUUUUGCACAACAGGGGUAUGAAAAUCCACGAGAAGCAACCGGCCGUAUUGUCUGCGCCAACUGCCAUUUAGCUAAUAAACCCGUGGAUAUCGAGGGUCCACAAGCGGUACUUCCUGAUACUGUAUUUGAAGCAGGUGGUCGAAUCCCUUAUGAUAUGCAACUGAAACAAGUUCUUGCGAAUGGGAAAAAGGGCUGGUUGAAUGUGGGGGCCGGUCUUAUUUUACCCGAAGGGUUUGAAUUAGCCCCCCCCGAUCGGAUUUCUCCCGAGAUUAAAGAAAAAAAGGGCCAAUCUGUGCUUUUCAGAGCCUAUCGUCCCACGAAAAAAAAUAUUCUUGUGAUAGGUCCUGUUCCUGGUCAGAAAUAUAGUGAAAUCACCUUUCCUAUUCUUUCCCCGGACCCUGCGACUAAGAAAGAUGUUCACUUCUUAAAAUAUCCCAUAUACGUAGGCGGGAACAGGGGAAGGGGUCAGAUUUAUCCCGACGGGAGUAAGAGUAAUAAUAAUGUUUAUAAUGCUACAGCAGCAGGGAUAGUAAGUAAAAUAAUACGAAAAGAAAAAGGAGGAUAUGAAAUAACCAUAGUGGAUGCCGCGAAUGGGCGUCAAGUGGUUGAUAUUAUCCCUCCAGGACCAGAACUUCUUGUUUCAGAGGGCGAAUCCUUCAAACUUGAUCACCCAUUAACGAGUAAUCCUAAUGUGGGAGGAUUUGGUCAGGGAGAUGCGGAAAUCGUCCUUCAAGAUCCAUUACGUGUCCAAGGCCUUUUGUUCUUUUUUGCAUCUGUUAUUUUGGCACAAAUCUUUUUAGUUCUUAAAAAGAAACAGUUUGAGAAGGUCAAUUGUCCGAAAUGA